AUCCGACAUGCCGUAAAAAGCCACCAGAAGGAAUUUGCGACAUCUGCUGUCGUAAACAACGUAAAGAUGUCUGCUAACACAGCUUAGCCUGAAACAAAACGGCUUCGUUUGGUUUUUGGUUUCUUUUUGUUUUGUUUCGCGUGGACAGGACCUGGACCUGGACUUGGAUCAGAUGGGGACCGACAGCUCACCAUGAAACUCCGGGUGCACAAUGAUAGGAGUGAUUCCAGACGAGCAGGGAAACUGAGGGAGUCCCCAACUGUUAUGCAGCCGAAUUCAAGUGAGCGGGGUGCUCAUGCAGGAAAUGGUUUAUCCCUUCCUCUGCAACCAGAACUUACCAGAACACCGGCCCCUGCUGAGAGCAACGAGGUGCGGGUAACCAUGACCAGCAGUCCUGGGGAGUGCAGUGGAGGCGCAUCAUCCAGGAGGUCCAGAGUCAGUUCCCACAGCCACUCUCAUUCUCAUCCACAUGCUCAUAAUCGGCUGCCACACCACUUGAAUACGGAGCCAGAGCUUGACCCGCCUGACUCUGAUCUGGACUCUGGAGAACCCAGCACCUCCAUGUCUGAGCUCCGCUGCCUGUUCCGCUGGCUCCAGAAGAGUCUUCCUUUCAUUGUCCUACUGUGUGCUAAACUGGUCAUCCAACAUGCUCUGGGUCUUGCAGUUGGGGUUGGCCUCUUUACAACAUUUCUCUAUGUGAAUAAAAACCUUCAAAGUCUAGUGUUUCUUCAGGAGCGCCAGUCCAAGCUGCAGUGUGUUUGGCUGCUCCUGUUCCUGACCUCUUGCACCCUGCUGCUUUACUACACCUUUCUCCCUGAGACGCUUCACUAUUGCCUCGUCUUCCUCAGCCCAAGCAUUGAGCCGCUGGGUUUCUGGGAGGUUCUGUGGGCUGUCGGCAUCACCAACUUCAUAAUAAAGUUCCUCUUUAUGGGGAUUAAGUGCCUUAUUCUGCUGCUGCCAUCUUCACUGGUGACCUACAGAACCCAGGGACGUUGGGUGAUGCUGACGGAGGAGCUGGGUCAGGUACACCAGGCCAUGGCUCCUGUUCCACUGUGGUUCCGCUACCUGGUCACAUACGAGGAGGUGGACGGCACCCCCGGACUCACCCUGGGGGUCCUGCUGGCUCUGCUCUACCUCAUACUGAAGCUUUUAGGAUUGUACGGACAGUGGACGUCUUUCAUGAAAACUGUGAGGAUAUUUGUAAAAGGCGAGCAUACAGGCCCAGCAGCCACUAGGAGUCAGUGCAGUGAGGCUGGAGACAUCUGUCCCAUCUGUCAGGGAGAGUACAGGGAGCCUCGGGUCCUACUCUGUCAGCACAUAUUCUGUGAUGAAUGCAUUGCUCUGUGGUUUAACCGUGAGAAGAGCUGCCCUCUCUGUCGCACCGUGAUCACAGAGAAGGUUUCCAAAUGGAGGGAUGGAGCCACAUCUUCACACUUGCAGAUUUAUUGAUUGUGAGGGUAUAGGUGGUGGGCUUCUGGGUGGGGUACAUUGGUAUUAGUGUGUAGUUAAUGUUAUUUUCUGAGGCUGUCCAGCCCCACUGACCAGUAAUGUUGUACACACGGUUUUAAGGGCUGUGGUCGGUAAGGACACACAACUUGCACCUACAGUAGUGUUUCUGGCUUAUUCACCAGUACAUCCCUACUAGUCACUCUCAAAGACAACAGAAAGUUGAUUAUUGUCAUGUCUCAAAGUGAUUUUUUUGUUUUGUGUUGCUUUUAUUCACCUUUAAUUAUCUUCAUAUAAACCUUCCUUAUGGAGCAGCAAAUAGUUCUUUUUCCACAGUUUCUUGUACAGAAAAUGGGAACAUCAGAGAAAUAUAAAGUAUUUUAAACAGA